UUUACAUUACACAUAGUAUUUUAUAAACUAGAGAUUGAUUUUUAGUACAUACGAGUAGAAUCCAUAACCGUGAAAUUGUUUUAUUAUCACAUUGGUUAAUUAACGUAAUUUGCCUGAGUAUCACAAGGUUUAUUAUAGGAAUUUACCUUAGAUAUCACAUUGAGUUGAAUAGACAUGGUUCAUUUCAACGUUACGAACGCUAGAAGACAAGCUCGUAGUACUCUUUGGGAAUAAACAAGGUUUAUUAUAUUGUGAUUUCAGGAUAUUGAUUACAUUACUGCGCCCAAGUAUUACUAAUUGACCUUUAUUAUUCAAGGGAGAAACAAUCAGAAGGAAACUAUGACUGAAAACAUACGAAGGCGUGCGAAAGAGUCAAAAAAACAGAAUGCUUUUGUGCAUGGAAAAGAAAAUUCAGAUUUGCAGCAUGAGAAGGAGAAGCCACCAGAUACUGAGUUCAUGCUGCGCGAGUCUCCCCUCACCCUACUCUUCGAACAUUCCCCUCACGUUAAAGUCAUGUACCACAUAUUUGUGGUUAUUCUGAUAAUUCUCCUGCUGGACACGGUGGUGUACGACCUGAUUGAGAAAGGAAAGAUAAAUGUCGGGUUGAGUGUAGUGGUACAUGGGUUCGGUGACAUAAAGCGUGGGAUCAGAUUGUGGUUAUUUGCACUAGCGGUGACGCUCACCUUUUAUCCCGGCCUGAAGAUAUACGCCGCCGGGAAUAAAUAUCUGUGCAAAAUUCCGGCGUUGCAGAAAAUAUGGAAAUUUCUAGGUAUAUUGGGAUUGAUAUCUCUGCAAGCCACGCUUUUGGGCGUGACUAUUUGGGAUCUAGGAAGAACACAUUUAGCAAUAGCAUCAUCUGCUGCAGUUACAUUGGAAAUGUUUCGAUUUUCAAUGAAGAUUCACGGGAUAGCUAUGGCAUGUAUUCCCAGACUGCGAGAUGAGCGUACGCCUUUACCUAGCCUGAAGAACUAUAUUUAUUACUUAUUUGCCCCAACAUUUAUAUACAGAGAUCAAUAUCCCAGAACAAAGAAGAUUAGAUGGAGAAGGGUAGUGUUUCAUUUCCUGGAAGUAGCUGGGGUCGUUUUCUACAAUAGCUUUCUAUGGGAGCGAUUCAUUCUACCUUAUUGGUCGGACUACGGUAAGCAAACAAAGGUAGAGGCGGGCAUCAUUGUAAGGGGAUUGUUUGCCUGCGUGCUCCCAGGCGUGCUUUCCUUCCUGUGCGGAUUCUAUUGUGUUUUGCACGCGUGGUGUAACGCUUUCGCGGAAAUGAUGACAUUCGGAGACCGCCUUUUCUACGAGGAAUGGUGGGUGACGUCACAGUAUUCGCGUUACUACCGCGCGUGGAACCGCGUGGUGUACUCCUGGCUUCGGUGCUACAUCUACCGUCCGCUUGUGCCACAGGCAGGCAGGGCCGUAUCCACAUUCUUCGUAUUUCUCGUGUCAGCUCUGGCGCAUGAAGUGAUUCUGGCGUUGGCUUUUGGAUUCUUCUACCCAGUGCUUCUCUUAGAGUUCGGCGUAUUCGGGCUUUUGUUCCUGCCUAUCACAGCUUCCACGGGAAAACGAUUUCCUAACGCCCUAAACUUAUUUAUGUGGUUCACUUUCUUCUUUGGAAACGGUAUUCUCUGGAGCCUAUACCCAAUGGAAUACUUCGCCCGCAAGAAUUGUCCACCUUCGAAAGACGACAGUUUCUUCAUUCCCAAGUCUUGGUCCUGCCCAGAAGUUGUGCUUAAACCUAACUGGACUUUCCAAAACCCUCUUGACAUUAUUUAUUGAGAAAGUGAUUCGAGCAGACUAAAUAAUGAAUAAGAAUAUAAUUAACGUACUAUCAGUUGCAAAAGUUCAUUAAGUUGGCUUACAUUUCCAAUGAAAAGUACAUAUGGAUAAAGUAAAAAUCUUAAUAAACAUUAUUUUAAUACAUAUAA